AUGGCACUCCUAACACCCCAGGGAGUGAAAGAAGUCUUCCAAUUCCAGAAACCUAAAGGUCGGGAGCACCUGCGGAGACUCCUGAACUGGGAAGCGUUUGACGAGUUGAGGGACGCGCGCAGGAGCAUCCUGCUGGACACCAUCUAUGACAGCGUCAUCUUCGCGGUGGGCAAAGGCUUCCCGUGGGUGGAGGUGGUGCAGGUGGUCAAGUUCACGGAAGAGCUGCUCAAGGAAACCAAAGGCUGCUCCAUCACGGAGGCGGUGACGAUUCUGGGGAACAAGCUCCGAGACUACCAGAGGCAGUUCAGCACGGCCCACCUGCUGGCCCUCUGCGACUACUUCCACAACACCUUCAUCCGCCACUACCGCCUCUACCAGUACGUCCUGGGCCAGGACCAGGAGGUCAACCUGAAGGUCGCCCACCUGGAGGUGUGUGCGCCGCCCCAGCCCCUCCCGCUGGCCGAGGGCACGGACAGGGAGGUGUGGCAUCACGAGCAGCAGCUGGCCGAGCUGCGGACGGCCGAGGUGCAGAAGCGCACCAACAUGCUGCUCCUGAAGGAGACGCUGAGCCUGGAGCAGGCGCACAUGCUGCAGAAGGCCUUCGGGGGCCAGGUGGUGCCCGCGGGGGCGCCCGCAGAGCCGCACCAGACCCUGAGGAGAGAGGUUCUGGAGCGCCUGGUCAGCGAGGCCAUCCACAUCCAGAUCAAGUGCCUGCAGGAGCUGCUGCAGUACGAGAUCCAGGUCACGUUUGACAUCCUGGACCUGCGGCUUCAGAGGAAGACCAUGAGUCUCCACGCCCCGCUCCCCGGCAAUCCGGGGCGAGAGGACACUCACCAGAAGCCCAACAAAGGGAACAAGGGAAAGAAAGCUAAAGCGAAGAAGUGAAGCCCCUGCCCAGGCGCCCAGAGGUGACCAGGGAAGGGUUAUAUGGUGUGCUCAGCACCCAACAGAGCAGAGGCUUCUAGUGAUUAAAAGAAAAAAACAAAAUGCAUCCUGAGUCUGUCUUGGAAACCGUCUUCAGCACCGUGUGCCCUGGUGACAGGAGAGAGUGCCCGCCUCGGUCCCACACGGCACAGGGCGUCCUCUUGGCAGGGAGUCAGGCACCCAGUGGCUGAAUCUGAGCAGAUCGGGCUUGGGCAGUAAGGGUCAGGGAGCCCAACACCAGCCA